GUGCUUUGAUAGUGUGAGAGUCAUACAAGGUUAAAUAUUGCUCCCAUCCUCCCUAGCCCAAGGCAGACAGAGGAGAGGGGCUAUUUUCAGGACAGGAAACACUCGCCCCUUCCUCAGAACGUUCCCACUGUGAUAAGAGACAGUGGUUGAAGCUUCGGAGACAAGGGCAGCUCUGGAUGGUGAUGCAGCAGCAGGAGUCUUGACGGAUCUCUUCUAGAGCUGGGGCAGCUCAGCACAAAUAUAUAAACUCGCUUUUGCCUUCUCUUCAUCUGGGCAGCCCUGGCUGAGGACCUGUCAUAGCUGAAGAUCUCAGUCAGCCAGCGCCGAUAGUGCAGAAUUCAGAAUGGAUGUCCUCUUUGUAGCCAUCCUUGCCGUGACACUUAUCCUAGGACAAGAAUACAAGGAUGAAGAAAUACUGGAAGAAGAUGAUUAUUAUCAGAUGGUCUAUUAUUACACAGUCUCCCCCACUUACGAUGACUUGGGUGUAAAUUUCACUAUUGAUUACUCUGCAUUUGAGUUAGAGGACAAGCUUAACAUGCUGGACAAUGAGGUCACAACGGAAGCAAUAGAGACUACCAUUAGUCUUGAAACAGAGCCUGCAGACCAGCAGAAACCUGUAACUGUGAGACCAGCAACAAUGGAACCACAGAAUCCAGAUCUGAAUGAUGCUGUGUCCAGUCUGCAGAGUCCUGUUCCCUUCCUCGUGUCGUGGGCCCUCGUUCAGGGGGGGAUGUAUUUCAUGUAGCAGGUGAUAGAAGGCUAUUAUGAAUCUUUGGAUGGAAGUUUAACAAGAGAAAAUUGUAAGAUAAAAUAAAAAUAAAAUAAUCUGGU